GUAACAUGAUUCAGAUUCAGAUACAAAAACACGUUGUGCGUUAAAAAAAUUUGCUCGAGAAUCAAUUUAGACACCAGUGUUUCACUAUUUAACUCAAGUAUUUACACGACUAACAACCCAAGAUGCAUUUAGUCAAGGUGAAAAAGCGAGUAACGGCGAAAACACUUUCGGAGAAAAUUCACGAACAAUUUACCCCCGGGCCAACCAAAGACGUUGACGACUCCGGAGAUGAGGAUACUCGGCCGCGUUUCAGUGAAUUUGAUGAAAACGAUGUUGAGCUUGAGCGGGUGGCCAGCAGCGGGCUGAGCGAUUUCCGCAAGCAAAACGUAGCACAUUUGGAUUCGGUCGAUACGAAAUAUCGGGGCAAAGUUUCUUCACGAGGGGAUGUCUUUGACAUCUCAGCCGACGAAAAGGAAGAACCAUCAUCGGAAGAGGAUGAACAGUUUGAUCAAGAUGCCAGUCAUCAACCAGGUGCGUUUGUAAGGCUUAAGCCACAAUCGGAAUCGGACGACGAUGCGUAUUCAGAUGAAGAUGAAUUGCUAUCCAGUGAUGACGAUUUUGAUAAUGAAAAUGACAUUUCGCUGAGUGACUUUGUUGAGGACAAAAGUGGUAACAAUCAGAAACUACUGGACGAUGAAAAUCGUCAGGACUCUGUUCAGAAGGGAGUCUGCGUACAAAAUCAACUAAAACUGUGGGAACGCUUGUUGGAGAUUCGGAUAAAACUGCAACCUAGUUUAAUUACCGCCAACUCUUUUCCAUAUGAGGAUAAAUUCAACAGUCUAGCUAAAGACACUCAAUUCAAAGAAGCAGCUGAAAAGCUUUCCAAAACCGUUGAAUCUACUCUGCAAAACUUAAUUGAACUACAGGAAGUUUUAACUCAGCAGUUUCCAGAGUCAAAGAAUGUUCUGAAAGCUGGCGCAAAGCGCAAACUGAGACGCAUUGCUUCCGGUUUAAACGAUAAGAAACAGCGAAUUAACAACUACGAGUCAGCAAUUUGCGAAAAUUUCUCCAGUCAGAAGCAAUACCGAAACGACGUAAUACAAAAAUGGCAUGAUCGCACUAAAGCUUCCGGCAACGUCAAGAACGCUCAGCAAUCGCUGGACAUCGUAAAGAAAAUAGACAAUGCUUUGCUGGCAAAGGACGAACUAAUCCGAAAAACACAACUCUAUCGAGGCGGAUUUGAUCUGUUUGAAAAACCAGCGCUGCUCCAAUCGCGCGAAUCAAAUGGACAGGAUGAACCGAAACCGGUCUACGACGUGGAGAUAUUUGAUGACUCUGACUUUUAUCAUGCUUUGCUACGGGAGCUCAUUGAGUACAAAUCGAACACGACGGAGAACCCGCAGGAAAUCAGCGCCAAACUGGCCGAACUGCAAAAAUUGCGAAGCAAAAUGAAGAAACAGGUCGACACACGAGCUUCCAAGGGCAGGAAAAUUAGAUAUGUAGUACAUAAGAAGCUGGUUAAUUUUACUGCUCCAGAAGAUAAUCGACAAUGGAUGGAAGAGGCUAAGGAUGAAUUGUUUGCUUCACUGUUCGGUGGAUCAAGUGGUGCUAAGGUAGAAGAUUGAAUCUUCUUUCAGAAAUAAAAAUCAGCAACAAUGUAAUAAAACUAUGUGUACAUGUCUAUGCUAACGAGUUUAGCAUCUGGAAUUUUCUUCAGCAAAAUACAAGUGUUUAGGAA